UGCGGUUUGAACACCACCGGACUCUCUCUCCUCUCUUUCUCUCUCUCUCUCUCUGACUGAAGUACACAUAGUUCAUUAUAAUAUAGAUUUCGCUGAGUGGGUUGUUGUAUACAGGUUACAUAUAGAAACCAAAAUGUCCGUUAAAAGCAAUCGUUUCUGUUUAAUUUACAAGUUGAGCUCACGGGAGGAACUUGAAAGCACUGGGCGUUUCGCGCUGUUCCUUUAGUGCGACCGUUAAAAUAACGAGCGCGUGAGAUUCCUCGCCCCGUUGCAGGUUUGUUUAGUUCGUCAGUGAUGCUUGAACGGAGGAAUUAGCAUAGGUGGCUAACAGAGCACAGGAGCUUUGCGAACGUAUUGAGUAUUUAACCUAAUAUUAAUUGUCAAAGAAAGAAAAAAUACACCCUGGAGAAAUUCUGUAUAAUUAAAUGUGUGGUAAACAUCCGCUGACAUGUUGACCGGCUAUGGGUGUCCGAAGCUGAGCACUUGUCGGACUGCUCAGCAGUGAAAGAAACCAGCAUGAACGAGAGAGCUGGUAGCACAGCGGAUGUUUCCGGGGUUAUACACCGGCGAAACAUGCAGAAGGAUCUGCCAUUGCCACGCAAGAGCAGCAGCUGUCGCACCAGUAACAGGAAGAGCCUGAUACUGACCAGUACAUCCCCAACCCUGCCACGACCCCACUCACCUCUACCGGGGCACAUAGGAAGUAGUCCAUUGGACAGUCCUCGCACCUUUUCACCCAGCGGCCCUGCCCACUUCUCCUUCAGUUCUUCUAGAAGGGCUGAUGGGCGCCGCUGGUCCCUGGCCUCACUGCCCUCUUCCGGAUAUGGCACCAACACACCCAGCUCCACGUCGUCGAGCUCGUCUCAGGAGCGUCUGCACCAGCUGCCCUUCCAGCCCACCAUGGAUGAGCUGCACUUCCUUUCCAAACAUUUUGGUAGCACAGAAAGCAUGACGGACGACGAUGGCCGCCGGUCGCCCCACAUACGGCCUCGCUCACGGAGCCUCAGCCCCGGCCGUUCCCCCUCCUGCUACGACAAUGAAAUCGUCAUGAUGAACCAUGUGUACAAGGAGCGCUUCCCAAAGGCCACGGCUCAGAUGGAAGAGCGUUUGGCUGACUUCAUCAAGUCCUAUUCUCCAGAGAACGUAAUGCCUUUGGCUGAUGGUGUCCUGAGCUUUAUUCACCACCAGAUCGCUGAGCUGGCUCGAGACUGCCUUAAUAAAUCUUAUGAGGGCCUCAUCACCACUGUUUACUUCUAUGAACUGCAAGAGAACCUGGAGAAACUACUGCAUGAUGCGUACGAGCGUUCAGAGAGUUCAGAGCUGACUUUUGUUAUUGAGCUGGUAAAGAAACUCUUCUUCAUCAUCUCUAGACCUGCCAGACUUUUGGAGUGUUUGGAGUUUAAUCCUGAAGAGUUCUAUCACCUGCUGGAAGCAGCGGAGGACCACGCCAAAGAGGGACACCUAAUGAAGACCGACAUCCCACGUUACAUCAUCAGUCAGCUCGGCCUGACAAGAGACCCACUGGAUGAAAUGGUGAAUCUGGACAGCUAUGACAGUGAGGGACCACACACACCUGAGACUGAUGACUCAGCCGAGGGUAAGAUUAAGGCCAUGAAGCCGCCCUGUGAAUCCGACUUCCAGACAAUCAAGCUGAUUAGCAACGGAGCCUAUGGGGCGGUUUAUCUGGUGAGGCACAGAGAGACGCGACAACGCUUUGCGAUGAAAAAGAUCAACAAGCAGAACUUGAUCUUAAGAAACCAGAUCCAGCAGGCCUUUGUGGAAAGGGAUAUCCUCACCUUUGCUGAGAAUCCGUUUGUCGUCAGCAUGUUCUGCUCAUUUGAGACACGCAGACACCUCUGUAUGGUCAUGGAGUACGUAGAGGGAGGGGACUGUGCCACCCUGCUGAAGAACAUUGGUGCGUUACCAGUGGAAAUGGCUCGACUGUAUUUUGCAGAGACCGUCCUGGCUUUGGAGUAUCUCCACAAUUACGGCAUUGUACACCGAGACCUCAAACCAGACAAUCUUCUGAUCACAUCUAUGGGUCACAUUAAACUAACCGACUUCGGCCUCUCUAAAAUGGGCUUGAUGAGUCUCACCACCAACCUGUACGAGGGCCACAUCGAGAAGGAUGCACGCGAGUUUCUUGACAAACAGGUGUGUGGGACCCCCGAGUACAUUGCCCCAGAGGUGAUAUUGCGGCAAGGUUAUGGUAAGCCUGUGGACUGGUGGGCCAUGGGCAUCAUCCUCUACGAGUUCCUGGUGGGCUGUGUUCCAUUCUUCGGCGACACAACAGAGGAGCUGUUUGGCCAGGUGAUCUCAGAUGAUAUUGCCUGGCCUGAAGGUGAUGAAGCGUUGCCUAGCGAUGCCCAGCACUUGAUUUCCACCCUGUUGCAGACAAAUCCACUGGUGCGAUUAGGAACAGGAGGAGCAUAUGAAGUGAAGCAGCACUCGUUUUUUGCUGAUUUGGACUGGAACAGUCUCCUGAGGCAGAAGGCAGAGUUUGUACCUCACCUGGAGUCUGAAGAGGACACCAGCUACUUUGACACACGUUCAGAGCGUUAUCGGCACGUGAAUUCGUAUGACGAAGAUGACACGAAUGAUGAUGAGCCAGUGGAGAUCAGACAGUUCUCUUCAUGCUCACCACGCUUUAGCAAGGUGUACAGCAGCAUGGAGCACCUGUCCCAGCUGGAGCAGAAGACUCCCGUGGUGACCCGACGGGAGCACAAAGGGCAUCGUGAAGAUAAGGUGGCUAAGAGAGAAAGUAUUGGAAGCUUUAGCAAGAGCUGGAGGACCAGUUCUCCUGAGAUGAAGCGACUGUCUUGUUCUGAGUCUCUGUACAUGGAGGGAGAGUCCAGUCCUCCUUUGGGUGCCAGACGCCGUUUUUCUGCGCUGAUGGACACUCAUCGUUUCACAUCGCCUCUGGAGGGAGAUUUAGAGGUGCAGCCUCAGCAGAAUGGUGCUAAAAGCAGGGGGGCAUCAGUAGAGGGAACAACUGCCCCCUCAUCACCCAGUGCUAGUGAACAGAACAUGUCCAUUAAGGAAGAGCCAAGAAGAAGUCCAGAAGACAAGCAGGCCAGACCUACUGUGGUAUCAGCACCACAAGCCAUUCCAUCAGCAACGACAGCACCUUCAGCAGUCCUGCCAGUUUUCCGGGAUGUUGUACCCAUAGGUGACACUCAUAGCCAACGGGCCACUAACGACCUGGUUCUAAGACGAGCUCGUCAUCAGCAGCUCUCUGGAGACGGGGAGAAACGAAAUACACGCCCUGGCAACAAGGUCAUCAAAUCUGCAUCAGCCACUGCUCUGUCGGUCAUUAUUCCAGCAGUUGAGCAGUUUUCUAACUCUCCUCUGGCCAGCCCCAUGUCUCCUCGCUCUGUCUCAUCCAACCCCUCAUCACGGGACUCAUCUCCGAGUCGAGACUACGGCCCUGCGGUCACUGUGCUCCGCUCACCUAUUACCAUCCAGCGCUCAGGCAAGAAGUACGGUUUCACCCUACGUGCCAUCCGCGUCUACAUGGGUGACAGUGACGUCUACAGUGUGCACCAUAUCAUAUGGCAUGUGGAGGAUGGAGGUCCAGCCCAGGAGGCAGGGAUGUGUGCUGGUGACCUUAUCACUCAUGUCAAUGGAGAGUCUGUGCAUGGGCUGGUCCAUACUGAAGUCGUGGAGCUCAUUCUCAAGAGUGGUAAUAAGGUGACUGUGACCACCACUCCAUUUGAGAACACAUCUAUCAAGGUGGGUCCCGCUCGCAGAUCCAGCUACAAAUCCAAGAUGGCCAGACGCAGCAAAAGAAUAGUCAAAGAGGGACAGGAAAAUAAAAAGCGUAGCUCGCUUUUUCGGCAAAUAACCAAGCAGUCCAACCUGCUGCAUACUAGCCGAAGUCUGUCAUCUCUAAACCGGUCGUUGUCCUCUAGUGAGAGCCUCCCUGGCUCUCCUACACACAGUCUGUCCGCCCGGUCCCCAACCCAAAGCUACCGCUCCAGUCCUGACUCCUCAUACCUUGGUGCCUCCUCUCAGAGCAGCUCUGCAGCCUCCAGCACUCCAAACUCUCCCGCUGCCUCCCAGCACAUGCGUCCCAGCUCUCUUCACGGGCUGUCACCCAAACUGCACCGCCAGUACCGCUCAGCCCGUUGCAAAUCCGCUGGCAACAUUCCUCUAUCUCCUCUGGCGCAUACGCCAUCACCUACACAGUCUUCACCACCCUCCCUGUCAGGACACACCAUUGGAAGUUCCAAUAUGACCCAGACAUUUCCUGUCAAGCUUCACUCAUCUCCUCCUAUCACAAGGCCAAGACCUAAGAGUGCCGAACCACCUCGCUCACCACUUCUCAAGCGAGUGCAGUCGGCAGAGAAACUUGGCUCACCUCUUUCAUCAUCGACAUCUCCUGCAGACAAGAAAGGGGGGAUCGGGGCGAUGAGAAAACACAGUCUUGAGGUCGGCCACUCAGAUUAUCGCAAAGAGGGCUUUCACUGUGAACUGGGUCUUCAGAGUUUGUUGGAGACAGAAGGGGAAAAUCUGGCCUCCACAUCUGCAACUAGCCCUUCGCCUACCCAGUCGACAGUCCUGCUUCCAUUAGAGACUGGUGUUUUAAAGCCAGUAAGGAAGUUUGGUCGACAGGAAUCGCCGCUUAGUAGAGACGCUUUUCUUGCUGGAAGAGCAAGAGAAAAUGAAAGUGAGAGGAUGAAGCCUGGUGAUUUCUCCCAGGGAAUCGACAGCAAACUGACAAUAGUCUUGGAGAAAUCCCCUCCUGCCAGUCAGACAUCCAGUGGAGGUGAGAUUCAACACGAGUCCAUGAGCAAGAAAUUUCAGGAUGAAAAAUCAAGUUAUGUAAAGUCGCAGUUGGUUGAUGUUUCACUGCGGUCUCCAUCCACCUCAAAUGCUAGCAUAGCUAAACCUGAAGCAGGUCAGCCAAUCGUGACCAGACCAUCUCCAAUCACACCGGAGUCUAAACUUAGUGUAACACCCUCUAUUCCAUCGCCUUUGACCACUUCACCCACCCCUGGUACAAAAACUACAGAUUCCAAAAUCCCUCGAAUUGGAGAAGGAAGCAGAAGUUGUGACACAAGAUCUCCAAGCAUGGUAGUCCAGACAACAGGGAUUACCAAAACUCAGGCAUCCAACAAUCUAUCAAGACUUUCUGUCAAGGUUUUGCAAGAAAAACAGACUCCUGAGACGACCAAAACUCAGACGUGCAACAAUUUGUCAAGCUUUUCUGUCAGUGACAUUCAAAGUCAUGAAAUGAAAUCAGAGACAAACAAAGAUAACAAACAAGAACCAAGAAAGACUCAAAGUACGCUCAAAUCUGGAUUACAAUGCAGUGGUCCUGCAAAGGCAAGUACGGUCCCUGACCGAGUCUCUGUUUCAGCGGCAACCAUAGAGGUAUCCAAAGUAAGCAGGGGACCACCAGAUGGAGGACAUCUAAAAAGAGUUGGUACAGAUACACAUGAUACCUUUGGAAGGACUACAGAUAUGAGGUUGAGACCUGGCUUACCUCCAUCCAAGGAGGUUGCUUCACCCUUCCCACCCCAGGUACAGUCCCCUGGUCUGGGUAAGCUCCGCCAGGACAAGGGCCUCUCUCCUGUAAACUGCUACCGGAGCAUAUUGGACUGGGAAGACAAAUGUCUUUUAGAGGUUGUUGAGGAGCAUUCUCCUUCUCCUACGCCAUCCCCUACUGGGGCCACUCCUAGCCUUCCCAAAUCCCCUACGGGGGCCACUCCUAGCCUUCCCAAAUCCCUUACUGGGGCCACUCCUAGCCUUCCCAAAUACCUUACUGGGGCCACUCCUAACCUUUCCAAAUCCCCUACUGGGGCCACUCCUAACCUUUCCAAAUCUCCUGUUGAAAUUGCUCAACCUGUAUCCUCUGCUGAUAAAGUGGGCUUAAUUGCCGUGGGUAAAACAGGAAAAGAAGCCAGCAAAGGAAUAACUCAGGAGGUGGCUAAAGGCAAUAAAGCCAUUAAAUCAGAGGUGGAAACUCAAGCUAGCACACAAGGAAAGACUGAGGUUUCAGGAGGGACUAGACCAAACUCAAAAGUAGCAAGUCCAAGUCCUACAGGUACAGUGGCACAUGAAAAGAGUGAGAGCACUAAAAAUAGUUUGUGAUGUUUUUGAAAGUCCACUAUUGCCUUUAUUAGAGAUUUGUCAGGAUGCAUUUUUCAUUUCUCAAGCUCUUAACCAAGUUAGGCCAUUCCAGGUAAAUAACAAGAUGAAGCAGGAGAAAGAUGAAGCAAGACUGGACACGUUUGUUCUUAUAGGGAUCAUACUUGUUGAUUUAUUAUAUACAUACACAUCAAUGUUUGUCACAAAAAUAUAGAGACAUAAAACAGCUUUCACAUGAUCAGCAAACAUUACAAACAUUCAAAUUGUAUGUGGCAAAAACGCUUUCUGCUGGCUGUCCCACCAAGCGCCAGGCUUAAAAAUACUGACGCUUUAUUUACAUGUGCUGUGCAGCUUCAUCACUUGCAGACAUGAGAAUAUAAAAAAGGAAAACAGCUUUUUGAAAUCUUUUACGUCAAUCAAAGGUCACAUUAAAUCUUAUUAAUGAGCUACGAAGCCACAACAAGCAAUUCCAGGAUUGAUAUUUAAAAUACACAAGGUUACUCAAGGUAGUGUUACCACUUGACUCCAUAGAAAUGGAAUGGCACAGCCAGCGCUAAAGUGGUUUUGCCUCACACUGUGUGAAUGCAUUGUGGGUUGUGUGUAAGGAAAUGUCUUGUGGUGCUUGGCAAAGCAGAAAAGCAAGUGGAAACAGCUUUAACCGAUUAAAUGAUGCUGAAAACUGAUCAAUAA